AUGCCUUCCAUAUUGGCCUGCUUGUUGUUUUCCGCUGGCAUUAUUUUAUUGCUGCACGCAGGAUACUCUGCUAUUAAUCAUUUUGCCUAUCUCAAAACGAUUGGAAAGCACGACUCUAAUCUUCCAACAGAUAUUAUUUUCGAGAUCCUUGUAAGCAUUGUCGUUUUUUCCCAAGGAGCAGUUAUGGUUGCUGGAGAUCUUAAGCCCAUUUCCCUACAGCUUGAACUUUCACAAAAAACUAUGGAUUGGGUUGAUGCAACCCCUGGAUUUAAGAUAGUCAAUCAUCGUGGAAGCGCUUUAUUUGCUGAAUAA